CAAACUAAUUAACUACCAAAACCCUAAAUCAUCAAAUCAGAUUGAUACUACAACGUAACAAUGGAAGGAGAAGAAGAUGGGUACUUCGUCCGCUCGGAAGAUGGAUACACGCCGAAGGAGAUCCUCCGCACCACCGCCGCCGCCGUCCUGUGGAAAGCCACCGCCAAACCCUCAACGCCGCCGCCGCUGUCCCAACCUGAGAAACCCGUCCAGAUUCUGACGGUGGACGCCGACAAGUUGGAGUGCGUGUACGAGCUGACGGAGGAGUACAAGCUCGCCAAGCGGUGCCGCCACGAGCACCUCGUGGGCGUCCACGUGUCGUUCCGGUCGAAGACCGACAACCGGCUGUGGAUCGUCAUGCCCUCCGUGUCUAGGGUUUCGCUGAGGGCGAUGAUCGCGUCGUCGCCCUCUGCCCUGCCGGAGGCCGGGGUCGGGACCCUCCUCCGGCAGACGCUCGAGGGCCUGGACUGCGUCCACGCCCUCGGGGACAGGCCCCACGGCAACGUCUGCGCCGGGUGCGUCUACAUGGCCGACGGGGACUUCGCGGCGGCGAAGCUAGGGUUCCGCGAGCUCAUGUGCGAGAGGACGACGAAGCGGGCGGCAGAGUGCUGGGUGGCGCCGGAGCUGGCGCGGGACCCGAAGACGGUGCAUGGGAAGGCGGCAGACGUGUGGAUGUUCGGUUUGUUCGCCUUGGAGCUCGUUUACGGCGGGGACAUCCCCGUCUCGACGCACAAAAACGUGAAAGCGUUUCUGCGUGACAACUUAAACGUCAGAACCCUUUCUUCGUCCUCGUCUAGGCCCUCGUUUUCUUGGAAAUUAUUUGGCAGGUUUAAGAAGACGAAGACAAAGACGAAGAUCGUUGCGAUAUCGGAUUUGCUUGGGGAGGUAAUAAGGAUGUGUCUUCGUGAAGAUCCAAGCAAGAGGCCAACCACAAAGCAAUUGCUGGAACAUGAGUAUUUCAAGACGACAUUAUCAUCAUCCAAUAAGAUGAAGAAGGCUUUGGCAGAUCAGUUGAAGAAAGCAUGCACAUUGUAGAUCGAUUGAUCAAUUUAAUUGUAGUGUGUAUGAUUUCUAUCUGAUCUCUAGGUUUAUGAUUAAGUUUUUAUUUAUAUCUAUGUUUUUGUUUUUUGUUGAAGGAUCAUUACGGAGUACUGUACAUUGCAUUAUUACUCCGUAGCUUAUUUAAUAUUCCAGAUUUUUCAUAUUCUUUGUUUGUACUCCCUUCGUCCCAAAUUAUUUGCCACAUUUGUAUUCCCGAGGCAAAUUAUUAAGUUUUUUCAAUUCAUUUUAUUUACAUAUUGGUAUAAAAAUAAAAAAUUAAAUUUACAUAUAAAAAAACUUUAUGAAAAGUUCUUUGAAAUAACAGGUGUCAAGAAUAUUUUAUUUUAUCAAAUAACCAAUGAAAACGUCGAAAUAAACAAAAGUUCCCGUG